CUUGGGAAUAGCAAUGUUGGAUAUUGAAAUACAUAAUCAUAAGCGUAAAAACACUGGCAUUUUGGUUAGAAAAAAAGUCUGCACUGACACACACAAUGUUCAAAUAAUCAUUGGAACAAAUGUAUUAAAACAGCUACCAGAAUUUCACUUUCUGCUUGGUUGUGUGAAUACAAACAAUGAUAGCCAAAAAUCUUGUAUGGUUCGAGUGUUAAGUUUUGGGGAGGAGAUUAAAAGUCUUCUAGAGACUCAUGAGACUCCUAAUUUUAUUCCUGGGAUCUCAUUUUUUACUUCCUUAUCUGUGAUGAUUUGUACCUCCACAUACUCCGUGUGCAGAUUUCAAAUGUUGCAUACUAUCUACUAUUGUGAUACACUGCAUGCGUGGAGAUUGCAAUUGUUGGAGACCUCUACGAGUUAAUUGCAAUACAGCAGCUAGGCCUAAUUCUGAUUGGCCGAUUUAAAAAUCCCGCUUUUUAGGGGACAACAAUUUUGCUUUGAGACUAUUAUAAAAAUGUGUUUCAUCUGCUGCCCG